UAUAAAAAUGCAGAAGGAUCCGGAUUGUGUGUACACGGUGUACGUAAGAACCAGCAAUAAAAUAAAAGGUGGGACCGACUCAAUCAUUAGCUUAACUCUCUACGAUGAAAACAACAACUGGGUCAUGAUUGACAAUCUGGAGUCAUGGGGCGGGUUAAUGGGACCCGGAUCCGACUACUUCGAGAGGGGCAAUUUGGACAUUUUCAGCGGGCGGGGCCCGUGUUUGUACGGCCCGGUUUGUGCAAUGAACCUCACAUCUGACGGGUCGGGUUUCGGUCAUGGGUGGUAUUGUAAUUAUGUGGAGGUGACUACUGCUGGGGUCCACAAGGCGUGCACGCAGCAGAAGUUCAAUGUGGAGCAGUGGUUGGCUACUGAUACGUCGCCGUAUCAGCUUACUGCGAUUAGGAACUAUUGUUCGUCGGAUGAUUAUGGGGAAUUUAUCAACGGUUCAGAUUUGUCAGUGGGUUCUGUGUUGUAA